GCUCACACACAGAGGAGCGGUGUGGCAUCAGAGAAGCGCUGACAUGGUUCACUCGUACGCACUUUAAACAGGAUGUAUCGGCAGAGGCAGAAGACGGAAAGAAAACAAGCGGGUUAAACUCUGCGAUGUGACAAACAACCGGAGUCAGAAAUGACCGCGACAGGGGAGAAGACAGGAGUCCCGUUGAGGCAGCUUACCGCCGGCAGGUCUUGACGGCUGCUCCCUUUAACCUGACACAGUGAGCAUCGCCGCGCUUAUCCUUCAUGCAGCGACGCACCACUUCCACACACUGAAAUCAAACAUAGCCGAAAUACUUCCCCAUCCCGUCAGUGAAUCCUGAAAGCGAGAAUGGCGAGCCAGAACGACUGCUGUGUGAAGGUUUCCUUGAGGAUCCGUCCUCAGAUGGCCAAAGAGAAGAUUGAGGGCUGCCAUGUUUGUACGCUGGUCACACCUGGAGAGCCACAAGUCCUCCUAGGAAAAGACAAGGCCUUCACCUACGACUUUGUGUUUGACCUGGAUUCAGAGCAACAUCAAAUCUACCAGGCCUGUGUGCACAAGCUCAUCGAGGGCUGCUUCGAGGGCUACAAUGCCACUGUGUUCGCUUAUGGACAGACGGGCUCAGGGAAGACCUACACCAUGGGGACGGGCUUUGACGUGAACGUGAGCCAGGAGGAGCAGGGCAUCAUCCCUCGGGCUGUUCACCAGCUGUUUGAGGGAAUCCAGAGCAGGCGGACGAGCGCCCAGGAGGCUGGCACCCAGCCACCUGAGUUUAAAGUCAGCGCUCAGUUCCUGGAGCUGUACAAUGAGGAGAUUCUCGACUUGUUUGAUGGAGCCAGAGAUCCAGACAGUCGGAGCAGGAAGUCCAACAUCAAGAUCCAUGAAGACGCCAGCGGCAGCAUCUACACCACUGGAGUCACAUCCAGAUUAGUACACUCAGAGCAGGAGCUGUUGCAGUGUCUUAAGCUUGGAGCUCUUUCCCGCACCACGGCCAGCACCCAGAUGAAUGCCCAGAGCUCCCGCUCCCAUGCCAUCUUCACCAUCCACCUCUGUCAGAUGAGAGUCUGCCAACAGCCUCAGCUGGAGAAUGGAGCAAGGGAGAACGGGGAGAUGAACGGUGUUAGCUCCAGCUCCAUUGCCCAGCCAGAAUACGAGACGCUGAUGGCCAAAUUCCACUUUGUUGACUUGGCCGGCUCUGAGAGGCUCAAACGCACAGGAGCCACGGGAGAACGGGCCCGCGAGGGCAUCUCCAUCAACUGUGGUCUGCUGGCCUUGGGGAAUGUGAUCAGUGCUCUAGGGGACCAGACUAAGAAAGGAGGCCAUGUCCCCUACAGAGACUCCAAACUCACCCGCCUGCUACAGGACUCACUCGGGGGCAACAGUCGCACCGUGAUGAUUGCCUGCGUCAGUCCGUCGGACCGGGACUUCAUGGAAACGCUGAACACGCUGAAGUACGCCAACCGCGCCCGAAACAUCAAGAACAAGGUGGUGGUGAACCAGGACAAGACCAGCCAACAGAUCAGUGCCUUGCGUGCUGAGAUCGCCCGCCUUCAGAUGGAGCUUAUGGAGUAUAAGGCGGGGAAGCGUGUGGCAGGUGAGGAUGGCUCAGAGGGCUACAGUGACCUAUACCAGGAAAACGCCAUGCUGCAGAGAGAAAAUGACACACUGCGCCUCAGGGUAAAAGCCAUGCAGGAGACCAUUGACCACCUCAACACUCGUGUCACACAUCUGCUGGCCAAUGAGAUCAGCGCACUUCUCGCCAAGUCAAGUGAGGGCAACGAGGAGAUUGGGACUCUAAUCCAGAACUAUAUCCGAGAAGUGGAGGAACUUAGAUCCAAGCUCCUGGAGAGUGAAGCCAUGAACGAGUCUCUGCGGCGCCAGGUAUCCCGGCUCUCCUCUCGCUCCCCAUUCCCCUCCUCCACUCUCAGCCCCGCCCCUGGUCACCCACCUGGCUCCUCCCCUGCCCCCAUGUCUAUGGAGGCUGAGAUGACGGAUGUGAUUCGCAGAGCCAAGUUGGACAUUGAGAGGCUUAAGAAGAAGGAGAGGAGGCAGAGGAGGAUGAGUCCAGAGCUGGAGAAAGGCCUGAAGAAACGAGUGAAAUUACACGCUCACGAGAACGGAGAGAACGGCCAGAUCAGGCAGAGUGGGGAUGUUGGACAAAAUGGGCAGAAUGGAGAGAUUGAUUCAGAUGACAAUUAUGCUGAGGAUAUUAUGUCUCCCCUGCAGGAGGAGAGUGGUUGUGAUGAGGAUGAGGGGGAGGACGAAGAGGAGGGGAGGGAGGAGGAGGAGGAGUUUGACAGUGACGAGAGCCUGGUGGAUUCAGACUCGGACUCAGAUGAAAAAGCCAACUUCCAGGCAGACCUCGCUGACCUGACCUGUGAGAUCGAGAUCAAACAGAAGCUGAUUGACGAGCUGGAGAACAGCCAGCGGAGGCUGCUGAUGCUGAAGCUGCAGUAUGAGGAGAAGCUCAUCCUGCUGCAGAACAAAAUCAGAGACACACAGCUGGAGAGAGACCGUGUGCUACAAAACCUCAUGUCCAUGGAGAACUACACGGAGGAGAAGGCCAGUCGGAUCAAGCAAGAGUACGAGAAGCGUCUUAAGGAGAUGAACCGUGACCUGCAAAAGCUACAAGCUGCACAGAAGGAGCACGCGCGCCUCCUCAAGAACCAAGGGAGGUACGAACGGGAGCUGAAGAAACUCCAGGCCGAGGUCAAUGAGAUGAAGAAAGCCAAGGUGGCACUUAUGAAGCAGAUGAAGGAGGAGCAGCAGAGGAGGAGGAUGGUGGAGGCAAAGAGGAACCGUGAGAUCGCACAGCUCAAGAAGGAGCAGCGGCGACAAGAGUACCAGAUUCGUGCACUGGAGUCUCAGAAGCGGCAGCAGGAGCUGGUGCUGCGCAGGAAGACGCAGGAAGUGACUGCCCUGCGCCGGCUGGCUAAACCCAUGUCUGAGCGUGUGGCUGGGCGUGUGGCCCGCUGGAACCAGCCUCCCCCUCUUCCAGACUCUGGAGCUGAGCUGUCGGCCAGCACCACAGCCAGCAGCUCUGAGCCUGAGUUUGGGAGAACUGUGAGUGGGAUGGUGCGCCAGUGGAACAACAAGAACAACGCCUAUGGCUACCUGGGAGAGAGCGAGGGCAGCAUGGACGGAACACGGGUCAUUGGCAGUAGGAAGAAGCUGCAGCGCAAACCAGGAGGCCCGAGCAUGAUGGGAGCGGUUGGCAGAGGCAGCAGCUUCACCAAGUCUGCCCGUCAGAAGUGGCAGGCCCUGGAGCGUCGCAUUCUGGACAUCGUCAUGCAGAGAAUGACCAUCGCUAAUGUGGAGGCCGACAUGGACCGCCUUAUCAAGAAACGGGAGGAGCUGACUGUGCAGCAGGAGUCGCUCCUGCACAAGAGGGAGGUACUGAUGGCGGAAGGGGAGGGACCCGAAGCAGAGGACCGCCUCCUCCUGGAAAUCAAUGAGGAGAUUGAGGUGCUCAAUGCCAACAUAGACUACAUCAAUGACAGUUUGUCAGACUGCCAAGCCACUAUUGUGCAGAUAGAGGAGACCAAGGAUGAGCUGGACUCAGUGGACACCUCAGUGGUGAUCAGCUCCUGCUCCCUGGCUGAGGCCCGCCACCUGCUGGACCACUUCCUGAAGGCCUCCAUAGACAAGGGCUUACAGGUGGCUCAGAAGGAGGCUCAGAUCAGACUGUUGGAGGGCCAGCUGCGACAGACAGAUGUAAUUGGCUCAGCCCACAAUCACAUGAUUCUUGACGCCCUUCGAGAGAAGGCGGAGUACAUCCCUGAACUCCAGGCACUCAUUCACAACGUACAGCAAGAAAAUGGCUAUGCCAGCACAGAUGAAGAACCUUCUGAAUUCAGCCAAGCCUCUGACAGCAGUGUAUCACAAAUGAAAGAAUCCAACAGCCAGGAUGAUUUCAAGUUGAAGAUGGAGCCUCGUCUGUCGGCCCAGAUGAAGGCGGUGUCAGCAGAGUAUCUGGGUCCCAUCUUGGACCCGACAUCCGGCAGCAAGCCACAGCACAUCACCAAGUCUCUGGCCUCGCUGACUGACAUCCAGGAGGACGGCCUGAGCCUGGUGUCGGGGAGCCUGGGGCUGAGCCUAUCCCUACGAGAGCCCUACCACAGGGACCGGGCGUCCCGCACCAUCAGCCUGCCUGUCCGGGGACACACUUUUCCCAGGCAGUCUCGGGGUUAUGACACUUCCCCCAUGACAAGGAGGAAAUCGUACGACCGUUCAUUCAGGCCCACUGAGGGCUACACCCCUCCCUCUUCCCCUCCACUGAGGACCAGGAAUGAUCGCAAUGUCUUCUCAAGGCUCACCAGCAACCAGACCCAAGGCUCUGCGCUGGACAAGUCGGAUGACAGCGACUCCUCGCUCUCCGAGGUGCUCAGGGGUGUGAUCAGUCCCAUCGGUGGAGUGAAGGGGGGCCGGACUGCACCCCUACAGUGUUUGUCCGUAGCUGAGGGCCAUUCAAAACCCGUCCUGUGUGUGGACGCCACAGAUGAGCUACUCUUCACUGGAUCUAAAGAUCGGACCUGCAAGAUGUGGAACCUAGUGACGGGCCAGGAGAUCGUCACCCUGAAAGGCCACCCUAAUAACGUAGUGUCGGUUAAGUACUGCCCGUCCUCUGGCCUCUUCUUCUCUGUCUCUACCUCCUACAUCAAGGUCUGGGACAUCCGCGAUACUGCCAAGUGUGUCCGCACUUUCACUUCAUCAGGGCAGGUGGUUUCAGGUGAUGCGUGUGCAGGCACCACCACCCGCACAAUAACCUUCGCCCAGGGAGAGUAUCAGAUCAACCAGAUAUCCCUCAACCCCACGGGAUCGGUGCUCUACGCUGCCGCUGGCAACACUGUCCGCAUCUGGGACCUCAAUAGGAUGCAGGCAAUGGGGAAGCUGACAGGCCAUAUAGGCUCAGUCAUGUGUCUGACAGUGGGACAGUCUUUGCUCGGCAAAGACCAAGUCAUCACAGGCUCCAAAGACCACUACGUCAAGGUGUUUGACGUGGCUGAGGGCACUCUGGGUAAUGUAGGUCCAGCCCAUAACUUUGAGCCACCCCACUACGACGGCAUUGAGUGUCUGGCCGUCCAGGGAGAUGUGCUCUUCAGUGGAUCCCGAGACAACGGCAUCAAGAAAUGGGAUCUGGAGCAGCAGGAGCUCACUCAGCAAAUCCCCAAUGCUCACAAGGACUGGGUGUGCGCCCUGGCGUACGUACCAGGCCGGCCCAUGCUGCUGAGCGGCUGUCGGGGCGGCAUGUUGAAGGUGUGGAAUGUGGACAACUUCACCCCCAUAGGAGAGGUCAGAGGUCAUGACAGCCCCAUCAAUGCCAUAUGCACCAACUCGAAGCAGAUCUUCACCGCAUCCAGUGACUGCAGGGUGAAGUUGUGGAGCUAUGUGCCAGGCUUGACCCCGUGUCUACCUCGACGGGUCCUGGCCAUCAAGGGCCGAGCCACCAGCCUCCCAUGAUUGCCCGUGCUUCGCCAACCCUCCCCUCCUCUGCGACAUGACAGUGAAGAUCUGGCUGUCUAAGGCAUGGAAGAAGAGGUGACAAUGGGAGUGACAGAGUGGUUCCUAUGUUGGCCAUCUUGCUGCGACUUCCACCGCUGAUCUGUGAACUGUUCCUUCAAACACUGAGGCGUGACAUUGAAAUCACAGCUUCCAAGGCAAUCAAGGUGUUUUUCUUUGUCACUUUCCAAACUGACGAAAUGGAAGUGGAAUAUUUAUUCAAAGGCAAAGCAGUGGACUAUUUGCCUUUCUUUGUUUUACUGCCAAUUUUGAAAGUGCCAUUCAGGUAUGAGUUUAUUUGGACAGGAUAAACCACAUCAUCCCAAGUAGGGAUACACCAACCAUUUCUUAUGACAUGACAACUCGCAUUGUCUGACAUUUAAAGAAGAAGAAAAAAAAAGUGUCCUUCUGUUCUUUUUACCAGUGUUUCUUUGCUGGAACAAAGCAACAAGAACAAAAACAAAAUCAGAACAAUGGGAGAUGUACUUGCUCAAAGACAUGUACAUUCAUGUAUUUAUUUGGAAAAGAAUUGGGCCGAGGACAGAACCCAGGGGGAUGCCAUUUCUGACCAACUAGUAAGGGGGACUGAUUUUUCCCCCUUCAGGACUCUUUGUGCUCUGUCAGCGAACACUUUGGUGGUCCGUAUGGUGCAUAUAAAAAAAAAAAAAAAAAGCUAGCAUUUAUACAGGUAGAUGUCAUGUCCACAAUGGUGGAUUCCAAUUGGACAUUUGGUGAUUUGGGGUUAGCCAUCACAGGAAUAUUACAGAGAAAAAGCUACUGCUAACCUCCACACAUGAUCACAAACACAUACACUGUGUAAACUGGAUUCACUGCUUAGCUGUUUAUUUCUUUACCCCCCAAAAUGCCCCCACUCACUCUCAGUAUAUCACU